AUGCCUUCCAGCUCUAAUGCUCACUGUCAAGUUUUACCUGUGCUUGCUUUUGUAGAGGUCUGUGAUGGGGUGAAGGAUGAAGAGAUGGAUUUUUCUGGUUUCUCUUCUACAGAAACCAAAAUGGAUGUUAAACUUGGAUUGAGUGGUAGCAGCUCAGAAGAUCUAGCAAGGCCGUCCAGUUCCACCACAGAAGAGAAAAACAUUCAGUGCCUGGUUUCCUCAAAUAGUGGGCUGAAGUGUAAACCAGGUGUAGCUGCAUCAGCAGACACGGAAAAAACUCUGGAAGGCAUUGAUGAAGCUUUGCGGAUAGGUAUUUGUAAUCUCAGCCACUUACAAGAUGCAGAUGAGGUUAUUCAUGAUUUGAAGUUGCCAGUUGAUGCUGAGCUCUCUAGAGUGAAUAGUUUGAAGGAAAAAGCAUCUCCAAGAUUGCUCCUGAAUGCUGAUGAGGUCACAUCUCUUUUAAAGAAUCUGGGGAAGAUCGAAUGGGGAGCAUCAGGAUAUGAAGAUAAUGGACAGAAUGUUUUUAGCCUUGGUGACAAAAAAGAAAUGUCAAGCUGUGAUACUCAGCUCUCUGUAGACAAUAUGACUCCACCACCUUGCAGAGAAAGGGCGAAUAAACCUGCUGUUCACAAAGCAGUGAAAAAUGUGCAAGUACAAGAGUCUCUUGCUGUGGUAUUUCAUCAGAACAUUCCUACUCUACCUAAAUGCCUGUCCAGCCCAGAUGUCAUCAUAGAAGAAAUAUUUGAAGAUGGCCUGGAAAACCUGGAAAAGCUUCCCCCAGAACACAAUGAACAGAGGAAGAAACUUUCCAAGAAGAAAACACAUUCUGAACACAAAGCUGGUUCAACAGAACUAGUGUUUGUAAGCCAUGUUGUAAAUCCGUGCCACUUCUAUAUUCGUCGAUACUCGCAGAAGAAAGAAGGUGUUUUUUUGGAGGAGAAACUGAACAACUUCUGUUGUAGUAAAAGUUCCUAUCUCUUGCCUUCAGAUGUUUUGGAACUAGGUGUUCGAAUUUUUAUUAAGAGUAAGGAAACCGGAAUGUGGUGCCGUGGAACUAUCACUAAACUACUCCCUGUAAAAAGUAAAAAAAAGCAGAAGUCUCCUGAUCCAGUAAGAUACAAAGUUUGUGAUGUGGCAGUGAUGGAAGUGUUCCUGAUUGAUUUGGGGAGUUCAGAAGCUUUAGUUUUCUCAGGGUGUGAUGCUGCUGAACAACCUGAACCUGCUCCUUUGCAAACUGUUGAACCUGAUGACAUUUCCUUGUUCGUAAGGAAGCCAGAUAAGAAUAUUGAGGCAGAACUAGCUGCUGUUCCUCCUUUAGCGGUCCAGUGUUCAUUGAAAGAUAUUGUUCCUAAAAAUGCGAGUGAAGGUUGGGGAGAAGAAGCAAAGAAAAAAUUUUUGGGGAUGGUAAAUAAUAAAGUUGUUUCAAUGACCAUAUUUAGAGAAGAGGAUGGUGUUCUCAUUGUGGAUUUGAAAAAACCUCCAUAUAAUAAAAUAAGCAAUGACAUGCCCGUAUCUCUCAAGGAUGCGUUAGUUUUUUUAGACUUUGCAAGGUUUAAGUCACAACUUCCUAAUGGCUUAGAAAACAAUACAGUCUUGCAGUAUAAACCACCUAAAAUACCAGAAGAAAAAGAAGUCUUCGUUGUAGUUUGUCACAUAAAUAGUCCAAGUGAUUUCUAUCUCCAAUUGGUAGAUAGCCUGGAUACUUCAGCUUUUCCAAAGAAAAAUAAAGAGAGACACAAACACAAGGAUAGCAAAGACUUCCAAAUUGUCUGCCCAGUUGAAGGCCAACCCUGUAUUGCAAAACACAAAGAUGGGAAUUGGUACAGAGCACAAAUUACAGGGCUGCCACAUUCACAAGAAGUUGUGGUCAAAUACGUUGACUUUGGCAGCGUUGCUAAUGUAACUCUUAAAGACAUACGCAAAGCAGAAGAUGAGAUGCUCAGCUUUCCGGUAAAGGCAAUCAAGUGUAGGCUGGCUUACAUUGAGCCUUACAAAGCAGCAGAUGAGUGGAACAGGGAGGCCACAAGAAGAUUUGAAGAAAUGACUGAAGAUAAAAUAAUGGUGUGUUCAAUUGUUGAGGUUUUAAAGAACAUUUUAUCUGUUAAACUCUAUGACGCCCACGCUCCUCAUGGAAGAGGCUCCAGUAUUAACUGCCAGCUGGUUAAAGAGGACCUUGCAUCCUACAUACCUGGGUAUAUUGAAAAUACUUCCGUAAGGCCCAAUGAAAUAUGGGAUGUUCCUGUAGAAGAAACUGCUGAAAACUUGAAAGAUUUAAAUCCUAUUAACACGAGGUCGCUGGAGGAAGAAAGGGAUUUCAGAUCGCUUUCUAAGAAAGAGGUGCAAGUGAGAAUUAGCCAUGUGGUGUCUCCCAGUAAAAUCUUUAUACAAUGGCUGUCAUCAGAAAGUAUACUGAAAAGUUUACAGGAGAAGAUGGCUGCCUUCUACAAAGAAUCCCAGCCCCAGUCAGUGAAGUGGGAGUGUAAUAUGCACUGCGCUGUGUAUGUACACGAUUUGAAACAGUGGCAAAGAGGUCAGAUAAGCAGGAUUGUCUCUGAAACAACUGCAGAGGUAAUACUCUAUGAUUCUGGAGCUGAAAAAACAGUGGAUAUCAGCUGUCUAAGAAAACUUGAGGAAAACAUGAAGAGAAUUAAGACAUUAGCAAUUGAAUGCUCCUUAGUAGACAUAAGUCCAACAGGUGGAAGCACGCAGUGGACAGCAACAGUGUGCGACUGUAUAUCCUAUUACCUGACUGGGGCACAAGCAAAAAUAAUAAUACAGGAAAGUGACACGGCUUGUGCGUUGCCUGUGAAAAUUCUUUGCAAGGAUGAAGCAGGACAAAUAAUUGAUAUUUCAGAACACCUUAUUAAAAAGGGUUUGGCUUUUAGAAACACAAGAAAUCACAGAGCUGCUGUGGCUUGUGCAGUCCCCAAGAAACAUCCUGAAGCAUGUUUAGAGGAAGUGAACCCACAACUGAACGGUUGUAAUUCAGAAACCGCAUGCGUAAGAAGCAGCGCUGCUCAAGAAAAAGAUGGUGAUGUUUCAGAGAGUGAACAGAAGCCAUGUAAAUUGUACAAGUCACUGGUUCGUUUGGAAAUGCCUGAAAUUUAUAAAGCCCCCAUCAUACCUGAAGCAAAAAAUUUUCAAGCUGUAGUGAGUUGCGUUGGACAUGAUGGAACUAUUUAUGUGAUACCAAAAUCAUUUGAAAGUAAACUAAACAAAUUGAUGAGUGAAAUACAAAAUAACUUCAAAUGCCUUGGUCUUCUGGAACCCUAUUGUUGGAAAAAAGGAGAAGCUUGUGUUAUAAGAGGGUCAGAUACCCUUUGGUAUCGAGGUAAAGUUGUAGAACUUGGUGGUGGUACUCUCCAGGUACAGUACAUUGACCAUGGUUGUAUAGAGAAGGUCCCUCAGUGUCACCUGUAUCCAACUACGUUGUAUACUGAUACUCCUCCAUUUUGCAUACCAUGUCAGCUCUACAAGACAGUACCAAUUGGAAAUUUUUGGCCACAGGAUGCAGUGCAUAUCCUUCAAGAACUACUUACAAAUGAAGAGGUUGAAAUACACGUUCAGGGGCUACCAGAUAACCCAUGGGGCAAGCUGUCCGUCAGCCUGUAUUUAGAUGGAAUGUCACUCUCCUCCUUCAUGGCCUACCAGAAGUACUGUGUCACUAAAGAUUGUCAUGACAUACCAAAGCAGGAGCUGAUUGAAGGAAACAUUCACGUUUUCCCUUCAUACACACUGCCAGCACUGCCUGUUCCAGGAGAUAUCUUUCCUGUCAGAGUUACCCAUUUUGUGUCCCCUAAGGAGGUAUAUAUUUGUAUUAAUCCUUCUGAGAAUGUUACUAAGCCGUCUGCCACAGAGGCGGAUGCUAGCUGCAACAUGGACAGCCUCAGUGAAGCCCUGAAAUGGUACAAUAAAAAUAUGGGUUCUCUUCCUCUUCUGACAAACUUCAGAACAGAAAUGCCUUGUCUUGUGGAAUACAAAGAUGGUUUGUGGUAUAGAGCGAAGCUCCUCUCUGUUGAAGAAUUCAACCCUGUUAAGAUCAUGAUUCAGUUCGUGGACUAUGGCAAUUUUUCAGUUGUUCCAACAAGCAAGUUGCGCCACAUACCUCAUCACCUGCUGCAGUAUCCCAUUCAGGCAGUACGAGUUCUGCUGGCUGGAUUUAAACCUCCGUUAAGUGAUACAAAUGCAAAAAGAAUCCCUUAUUGUCCAGAGUGGAGCUUGGAAGCACUGUGGGCUAUGAUGGACUGCACUGAAGGAAAACAGCUCUCUGCUUCCAUACUUGCUUCUUCACCAGAGGUCACCAUUUUCUUGUAUGAAGAUGACCAAAAACUAGUUCAUCAGAAACUGAUAGAGAUGGGACUUGCAGAUUUGGAUGAGUGACAUCAUGUGUUCUCAACAUCCUGUGCCAGUGGUUCUCAUGCCGAGCUCCCUAAGUUCUGGACAUCCAUUCCUCCGAAAAUGGAGUGCUUCAAAUGAAAAGCUUUACACCAUGUGGUGUCGGCAGAGAAUAGUGAAGACUGGUUUGGGUUUUGGUUUUUCAAAUUCCUUAACCAACUUGAUGUUAUGUAGUUCUUUUCCCUCCCAUUUAAUAAGCACUCUCCUAAUCUGCCUUUAUAGAUGUUUCCUUACAACUUUGACUCUUGAAUGAGAUGUAAAUGGAUAGCUUCGCUAUCUAUCUAUUCACAUGCAGCCUUAAGUGGUCUUUUGUGAUAACUCUUUCAUAAGAGUAGCUGGAAUGAAUGUGUAGUAGUAAAGAAAUAGAUGAAGAAAUAAU